AUGGAAAUCUGGCGCCGGCGCACCAAUCCGACGCCGGUGGAACCAUCGCACCCCAUUUUAUGGAUAUCUGGCCCCGGCGCACCAAUCCGACGCCGUUGGGCUCCUGGCAACCCACUUUAUGGAUAUCUGGCCCCGGCGCACCAAUCCGACGCCGUUGGACACAUGGCAACCCACUUUAUGGAUAUCUGGCGCCGGCGCACCAAUCCGACGCCGUUGGAACCAUCGGGCAACCCACUUUAUGGAUAUCUGGCGCCGGCGCACCAAUCCGACGCCGGUGGAACCAUCCCACCCCAUUUUAUGGAUAUCUGGCGCCGGCGCACCAAUCCGACGCCGUUGGAACCAUCGCAACCCAUUUUAUGGAUAUCUGGCCCCGGCGCACCAAUCCGACGCCGUUGGGCUCCUGGCAACCCACUUUAUGGAUAUCUGGCGCCGGCGCACCAAUCCGACGCCGUUGGAACCAUCGCAACCCACUUUAUGGAUAUCUGGCCCCGGCGCACCAAUCCGACGCCGUUGGGCUCCAUGGCAACCCACUUUAUGGAUAUCUGGCGCCGGCGCACCAAUCCGACGCCGUUGGGCUCAUGGCAACCCACUUUUAUGGAUAUCUGGCGCCGGCGCACCAAUCCGACGCCGUUGGGCUCAUGGCAACCCAAUUUAUGGAUAUCUGGCGCCGGCGCACCAAUCCGACGCCGUUGGGCUCGUGGCAACCCACUUUAUGGAUAUCUGGCGCCGGCGCACCAAUCCGACGCCGUUGGACCCAUGGCAACCCACUUUAUGGAUAUCUGGCGCCGGCGCACCAAUCCGACGCCGUUGGGCUCAUGGCAACCCACUUUAUGGAUAUCUGGCGCCGGCGCACCAAUCCGACGCCGGUGGAACCAUCACACCCCACUUUAUGGAUAUCUGGCGUCGGCGCACCAAUCCGACGCCGGUGGGCCCAUCGCACCCCACUUUAUGGAUAUCUGGCGCCGGCGCACCAAUCCGACGCCGUUGGGCUCCUGGCAACCCACUUUAUGGAUAUCUGGCGCCGGCGCACCAAUCCGACGCCGUUGGGGAACCAUGGCAACCCACUUUAUGGAUAUCUGGCGCCGGCGCACCAAUCCGACGCCGGUGGAACCAUGGCAACCCACUUUAUGGAUAUCUGGCGCCGGCGCACCAAUCCGACGCCGGUGGGCUCAUGGCAACCCACUUUAUGGAUAUCUGGCGCCGGCGCACCAAUCCGACGCCGUUGGGCUCCUGGCAACCCACUUUAUGGAUAUCUGGCGCCGGCGCACCAAUCCGACGCCGUUGGGCUCCCUGGCAACCCACUUUAUGGAUAUCUGGCGCCGGCGCACCAAUCCGACGCCGGUGGAACCAUCGCACCCCACUUUAUGGAUAUCUGGCGCCGGCGCACCAAUCCGACGCCGUUGGGCUCCUGGCAACCCACUUUAUGGAUAUCUGGCCCCGGCGCACCAAUCAGACGCCGUUGGGCUCCUGGCAACCCACUUUAUGGAUAUCUGGUGCCGGCGCACCAAUCCGACGCCGGUGGAACCAUCGCACCCCACUUUAUGGAUAUCUGGCGCCGGCGCACCAAUCCGACUCUGGUGUACCCUACGAAACCUAUUUUAUGGAAAUCUGGCGCCGGCGCACCAAUCCGACGCCGUUGGGCUCCUGGCAACCCACUUUAUGGAUAUCUGGCGCCGGCGCACCAAUCCGACGCCGUUGGGCUCCUGGCAACCCACUUUAUGGAUAUCUGGCGCCGGCGCACCAAUCCGACGCCGUUGGGCUCCUGGCAACCCACUUUAUGGAUAUCUGGCGCCGGCGCACCAAUCCGACGCCGUUGGGCUCCUGGCAACCCACUUUAUGGAUAUCUGGCGCCGGCGCACCAAUCCGACGCCGUUGGACCCAUGGCACCCCACUUUAUGGAUAUCUGGCGCCGGCGCACCAAUCCGACGCCGUUGGGCUCCUGGCAACCCACUUUAUGGAUAUCUGGCCCCGGCGCACCAAUCCGACGCCGUUGGGCUGGUGGCAACCCACUUUAUGGAUAUCUGGCCCCGGCGCACCAAUCCGACGCCGUUGGGCUCCUGGCAACCCACUUUAUGGAUAUCUGGCGCCGGCGCACCAAUCCGACGCCGGUGGAACCAUCGCACCCCACUUUAUGGAUAUCUGGCGCCGGCGCAGCAAUCCGACGCCGGUGGAACCAUGACGCCGUUGGGCUCUGGCAACCCACUUUAUGGAUAUCUGGCGCCCGGCGCACCAAUCCGACGCCGUUGGGCUCGUGGCAACCCACUUUAUGGAUAUCUGGCGCCGGCGCACCAAUCCGACGCCGUUGGGCUCAUGGCAACCCACUUUAUGGAUAUCUGGCGCCGGCGCACCAAUCCGACGCCGUUGGGCUCCUGGCAACCCACUUUAUGGAUAUCUGGCGCCGGCGCACCAAUCCGACGCCGUUGGGCUCCUGGCAACCCACUUUAUGGAUAUCUGGCGCCGGCGCACCAAUCCGACGCCGUUGGGCUCGUGAAUGGCCGACAACCCAAUUUAUGGAUAUCUGGCGCCGGCGCACCAAUCCGACGCCGUUGGGCUCCUGGCAACCCACUUUAUGGAUAUCUGGCGCCGGCGCACCAAUCCGACGCCGUUGGGCUCCCACUUUAUGGCAACCCACUUUAUGGAUAUCUGGCGCCGGCGCACCAAUCCGACGCCGUUGGGCUCCUGGCAACCCACUUUAUGGAUAUCUGGCGCCGGCGCACCAAUCCGACGCCGUUGGGCUCCUGGCAACCCACUUUAUGGAUAUCUGGCGCCGGCGCACCAAUCCGACGCCGUUGGGCUCCUGGCAACCCACUUUAUGGAUAUCUGGCGCCGGCGCACCAAUCCGACGCCGGUGGAACCAUGGCACCCCACUUUAUGGAUAUCUGGCGCCGGCGCACCAAUCCGACGCCGUUGGGCUCCUGGCAACCCACUUUAUGGAUAUCUGGCGCCGGCGCACCAAUCCGACGCCGUUGGGCUCCUGGCAACCCACUUUAUGGAUAUCUGGCGCCGGCGCACCAAUCCGACGCCGGUGGAACCAUCGCACCCCAUUUUAUGGAUAUCUGGCGCCGGCGCACCAAUCCGACGCCGUUGGGCUCCUGGCAACCCACUUUAUGGAUAUCUGGCGCCGGCGCACCAAUCCGACGCCGUUGGAACCCUGGCAACCCACUUUAUGGAUAUCUGGCCCCGGCGCACCAAUCCGACGCCGUUGGAGCUCCUGGCAACCCACUUUAUGGAUAUCUGGCGCCGGCGCACCAAUCCGACGCCGCUGGACUGCUGGCAACCCACUUUAUGGAUAUCUGGCGCCGGCGCACCAAUCCGACGCCGUUGGGCUCCUGGCAACCCACUUUAUGGAUAUCUGGCGCCGGCGCACCAAUCCGACGCCGUUGGGCUCCUGGCAACCCACUUUAUGGAUAUCUGGCGCCGGCGCACCAAUCCGACGCCGUUGGACCCAUGGCAACCCACUUUAUGGAUAUCUGGCGCCGGCGCACCAAUCCGACGCCGUUGGACUCCAUGGCAACCCACUUUAUGGAUAUCUGGCGCCGGCGCACCAAUCCGACGCCGGUGGAACCAUCGCAACCCACUUUAUGGAUAUCUGGCGCCGGCGCACCAAUCCGACGCCGUUGGGCUCAUGGCAACCCACUUUAUGGAUAUCUGGCGCCGGCGCACCAAUCCGACGCCGUUGGGCUCCUGGCAACCCACUUUAUGGAUAUCUGGCCCCGGCGCACCAAUCCGACGCCGUUGGGCUGCUGGCAACCCACUUUAUGGAUAUCUGGCGCCGGCGCACCAAUCCGACGCCGUUGGGCUCCUGGCAACCCACUUUAUGGAUAUCUGGCGCCGGCGCACCAAUCCGACGCCGUUGGACCCAUGGCAACCCACUUUAUGGAUAUCUGGCGCCGGCGCACCAAUCCGACGCCGUUGGGCUCCUGGCAACCCACUUUAUGGAUAUCUGGCGCCGGCGCACCAAUCCGACGCCGUUGGGCUCCAUGGCAACCCACUUUAUGGAUAUCUGGCGCCGGCGCACCAAUCCGACGCCGUUGGGACCCUGGCAACCCACUUUAUGGAUAUCUGGCGCCGGCGCACCAAUCCGACGCCGUUGGGCUCCUGGCAACCCACUUUAUGGAUAUCUGGCGCCGGCGCACCAAUCCGACGCCGUUGGGCUCCUGGCAACCCACUUUAUGGAUAUCUGGCGCCGGCGCACCAAUCCGACGCCGUUGGGCUCGUGGCAACCCACUUUAUGGAUAUCUGGCGCCGGCGCACCAAUACGACGCCGUUGGGCUCGUGGCAACUCUCUUUAUGGAUAUCUGGCCUCCGCUCACCAAUCCGACGCCGUUGGGCUGCUGGCAACCCACUUUAUGGAUAUCUGGCGCCGGCGCACCAAUCCGACGCCGUUGGGCUCGUGGCAACCCACUUUAUGGAAAUCUGGCGCCGGCGCACCAAUCCGACGCCGUUGGGCCCAUCGCAACCCACUUUAUGGAUAUCUGGCGCCGGCGCACCAAUCCGACGCCGUUGGGCUCCAUGGCAACCCACUUUAUGGAUAUCUGGCGCCGGCGCACCAAUCCGACGCCGUUGGGCUCCUGGCAACCCACUUUAUGGAUAUCUGGCGCCGGCGCACCAAUCCGACGCCGUUGGGCUCCUGGCAACCCACUUUAUGGAUAUCUGGCGCCGGCGCACCAAUCCGACGCCGUUGGGCUCCUGGCAACCCACUUUAUGGAUAUCUGGCGCCGGCGCACCAAUCCGACGCCGGUGGAACCAUGGCAACCCACUUUAUGGAUAUCUGGCGCCGGCGCACCAAUCCGACGCCGUUGGGCUCCUGGCAACCCACUUUAUGGAUAUCUGGCGCCGGCGCACCAAUCCGACGCCGUUGGGCUCCUGGCAACCCACUUUAUGGAUAUCUGGCCCCGGCGCACCAAUCCGACGCCGUUGGGCUCAUGGCAACCCACUUUAUGGAUAUCUGGCGCCGGCGCACCAAUCCGACGCCGUUGGGCUCCUGGCAACCCACUUUAUGGAUAUCUGGCGCCGGCGCACCAAUCCGACUCUGGUGUACCCUACGAAACCUAUUUUAUGGAAAUCUGGCGCCGGCGCACCAAUCCGACGCCGUUGGGCUGCUGGCAACCCACUUUAUGGAUAUCUGGCCCCGGCGCACCAAUCCGACGCCGUUGGGCUCCUGGCAACCCACUUUAUGGAUAUCUGGCGCCGGCGCACCAAUCCGACGCCGUUGGGCUCCUGGCAACCCACUUUAUGGAUAUCUGGCGCCGGCGCACCAAUCCGACGCCGUUGGGCUCCUGGCAACCCACUUUAUGGAUAUCUGGCGCCGGCGCACCAAUCCGACGCCGUUGGGCUCCUGGCAACCCACUUUAUGGAUAUCUGGCGCCGGCGCACCAAUCCGACGCCGUUGGGCUCCUGGCAACCCACUUUAUGGAUAUCUGGCGCCGGCGCACCAAUCCGACGCCGUUGGACCCCUGGCAACCCACUUUAUGGAUAUCUGGCGCCGGCGCACCAAUCCGACGCCGUUGGGCUCCUGGCAACCCACUUUAUGGAUAUCUGGCGCCGGCGCACCAAUCCGACGCCGUUGUACUCCUGGCAACCCAUUUUAUGGAUAUCUGGCGCCGGCGCACCAAUCCGACGCCGUUGGGCUCCUGGCAACCCACUUUAUGGAUAUCUGGCGCCGGCGCACCAAUCCGACGCCGUUGGAACCAUCGCAACCCACUUUAUGGAUAUCUGGCGCCGGCGCACCAAUCCGACGCCGUUGGGCUCCUGGCAACCCACUUUAUGGAUAUCUGGCGCCGGCGCACCAAUCCGACGCCGUUGGACUCCUGGCAACCCACUUUAUGGAUAUCUGGCGCCGGCGCACCAAUCCGACGCCGUUGGGCUCCUGGCAACCCACUUUAUGGAUAUCUGGCGCCGGCGCACCAAUCCGACGCCGUUGGGCUCCUGGCAACCCACUUUAUGGAUAUCUGGCGCCGGCGCACCAAUCCGACGCCGUUGGGCUCCUGGCAACCCACUUUAUGGAUAUCUGGCGCCGGCGCACCAAUCCGACGCCGUUGGGCUCAUGGCAACCCACUUUAUGGAUAUCUGGCGCCGGCGCACCAAUCCGACGCCGUUGGGCUCCUGGCAACCCACUUUAUGGAUAUCUGGCGCCGGCGCACCAAUCCGACGCCGUUGGGCUCCUGGCAACCCACUUUAUGGAUAUCUGGCGCCGGCGCACCAAUCCGACGCCGUUGGGCUCCUGGCAACCCACUUUAUGGAUAUCUGGCGCCGGCGCACCAAUCCGACGCCGUUGGGCUCCUGGCAACCCACUUUAUGGAUAUCUGGCGCCGGCGCACCAAUCCGACGCCGUUGGGCUCCAUGGCAACCCACUUUAUGGAUAUCUGGCGCCGGCGCACCAAUCCGACGCCGUUGGGCUCCUGGCAACCCACUUUAUGGAUAUCUGGCGCCGGCGCACCAAUCCGACGCCGUUGGGCUCCUGGCAACCCACUUUAUGGAUAUCUGGCGCCGGCGCACCAAUCCGACGCCGGUGGAACCAUCGCACCCCAUUUUAUGGAUAUCUGGCGCCGGCGCACCAAUCCGACGCCGUUGGGCUCCUGGCAACCCACUUUAUGGAUAUCUGGCGCCGGCGCACCAAUCCGACGCCGUUGGGCUCCUGGCAACCCACUUUAUGGAUAUCUGGCGCCGGCGCACCAAUCCGACGCCGUUGGGCUCCUGGCAACCCACUUUAUGGAUAUCUGGCGCCGGCGCACCAAUCCGACGCCGUUGGGCUCAUGGCAACCCACUUUAUGGAUAUCUGGCGCCGGCGCACCAAUCCGACGCCGUUGGGCUCCAUGGCAACCCACUUUAUGGAUAUCUGGCGCCGGCGCACCAAUCCGACGCCGUUGGGCUCCUGGCAACCCACUUUAUGGAUAUCUGGCGCCGGCGCACCAAUCCGACGCCGUUGGGCUCCAUGGCAACCCACUUUAUGGAUAUCUGGCGCCGGCGCACCAAUCCGACGCCGUUGGGCUCCUGGCAACCCACUUUAUGGAUAUCUGGCCCCGGCGCACCAAUCCGACGCCGUUGGGCUCCUGGCAACCCACUUUAUGGAUAUCUGGCGCCGGCGCACCAAUCCGACGCCGGUGGAACCAUCGCACCCCACUUUAUGGAUAUCUGGCGCCGGCGCACCAAUCCGACGCCGUUGGGCUCCUGGCAACCCACUUUAUGGAUAUCUGGCGCCGGCGCACCAAUCCGACGCCGUUGGGCUCCUGGCAACCCACUUUAUGGAUAUCUGGCGCCGGCGCACCAAUCCGACGCCGUUGGGCUCCAUGGCAACCCACUUUAUGGAUAUCUGGCGCCGGCGCACCAAUCCGACGCCGUUGGGCUCCAUGGCAACCCACUUUAUGGAUAUCUGGCGCCGGCGCACCAAUCCGACGCCGUUGGGCUCCUGGCAACCCACUUUAUGGAUAUCUGGCGCCGGCGCACCAAUCCGACGCCGUUGGGCUCCUGGCAACCCACUUUAUGGAUAUCUGGCGCCGGCGCACCAAUCCGACGCCGUUGGGCUCCUGGCAACCCACUUUAUGGAUAUCUGGCGCCGGCGCACCAAUCCGACGCCGUUGGGCUCCUGGCAACCCACUUUAUGGAUAUCUGGCGCCGGCGCACCAAUCCGACGCCGUUGGGCUCCUGGCAACCCACUUUAUGGAUAUCUGGCGCCGGCGCACCAAUCCGACGCCGUUGGGCUCCUGGCAACCCACUUUAUGGAUAUCUGGCGCCGGCGCACCAAUCCGACGCCGUUGGGCUCCUGGCAACCCACUUUAUGGAUAUCUGGCGCCGGCGCACCAAUCCGACGCCGUUGGGCUCCUGGCAACCCACUUUAUGGAUAUCUGGCCCCGGCGCACCAAUCCGACGCCGUUGGGCUCAUCGGCAACCCACUUUAUGGAUAUCUGGCGCCGGCGCACCAAUCCGACGCCGUUGGGCUCCUGGCAACCCACUUUAUGGAUAUCUGGCGCCGGCGCACCAAUCCGACGCCGUUGGAACCAUCGCACCCCAUUUUAUGGAUAUCUGGCCCCGGCGCACCAAUCCGACGCCGUUGGGCUCGUGGCAACCCACUUUAUGGAUAUCUGGCGCCGGCGCACCAAUCCGACGCCGGUGGGACCAUGGCAACCCACUUUAUGGAUAUCUGGCGCCGGCGCACCAAUCCGACGCCGUUGGGCUCCUGGCAACCCACUUUAUGGAUAUCUGGCCCCGGCGCACCAAUCCGACGCCGUUGGGCUCCUGGCAACCCACUUUAUGGAUAUCUGGCGCCGGCGCACCAAUCCGACGCCGUUGGGCUCAUGGCAACCCACUUUAUGGAUAUCUGGCGCCGGCGCACCAAUCCGACGCCGUUGGGCUCCUGGCAACCCACUUUAUGGAUAUCUGGCGCCGGCGCACCAAUCCGACGCCGUUGGGCUCAUGGCAACCCACUUUAUGGAUAUCUGGCGCCGGCGCACCAAUCCGACGCCGUUGGGCCAUCGUGGCAACCCACUUUAUGGAUAUCUGGCGCCGGCGCACCAAUCCGACGCCGUUGGAACCAUGGCAACCCAUUUUAUGGAUAUCUGGCCCCGGCGCACCAAUCCGACGCCGUUGGGCUCCUGGCAACCCACUUUAUGGAUAUCUGGCGCCGGCGCACCAAUCCGACGCCGUUGGGCUCAUGGCAACCCACUUUAUGGAUAUCUGGCGCCGGCGCACCAAUCCGACGCCGUUGGGCUCCAUGGCAACCCACUUUAUGGAUAUCUGGCGCCGGCGCACCAAUCCGACGCCGUUGGGCUCCUGGCAACCCACUUUAUGGAUAUCUGGCGCCGGCGCACCAAUCCGACGCCGUUGGAACCAUGGCAACCCACUUUAUGGAUAUCUGGCGCCGGCGCACCAAUCCGACGCCGUUGGGCUCCUGGCAACCCACUUUAUGGAUAUCUGGCGCCGGCGCACCAAUCCGACGCCGUUGGGCUCAUGGCAACCCACUUUAUGGAUAUCUGGCGCCGGCGCACCAAUCCGACGCCGUUGGGCUCCUGGCAACCCACUUUAUGGAUAUCUGGCGCCGGCGCACCAAUCCGACGCCGUUGGGCUCAUGGCAACCCACUUUAUGGAUAUCUGGCGCCGGCGCACCAAUCCGACGCCGUUGGGCUCCUGGCAACCCACUUUAUGGAUAUCUGGCGCCGGCGCACCAAUCCGACGCCGUUGGGCUCCUGGCAACCCACUUUAUGGAUAUCUGGCGCCGGCGCACCAAUCCGACGCCGUUGGGCUCAUGGCAACCCACUUUAUGGAUAUCUGGCGCCGGCGCACCAAUCCGACUCCGUUGUACCCUACGAAACCUAUUUUAUGGAAAUCUGGCGCCGGCGCACCAAUCCGACGCCGUUGGGCUCCUGGCAACCCACUUUAUGGAUAUCUGGCGCCGGCGCACCAAUCCGACGCCGUUGGGCUCCUGGCAACCCACUUUAUGGAUAUCUGGCGCCGGCGCACCAAUCCGACCCUGGUGUACCCUACGAAACCUAUUUUAUGGAAAUCUGGCGCCGGCGCACCAAUCCGACGCCGUUGGGCUGCUGGCAACCCACUUUAUGGAUAUCUGGCGCCGGCGCACCAAUCCGACGCCGUUGGGCUCCUGGCAACCCACUUUAUGGAUAUCUGGCGCCGGCGCACCAAUCCGACGCCGUUGGGCUCCUGGCAACCCACUUUAUGGAUAUCUGGCGCCGGCGCACCAAUCCGACGCCGGUGGAACCAUCGCAACCCACUUUAUGGAUAUCUGGCGCCGGCGCACCAAUCCGACGCCGUUGGGCUCCUGGCAACCCACUUUAUGGAUAUCUGGCGCCGGCGCACCAAUCCGACGCCGUUGGGCUCGUGGCAACCCACUUUAUGGAUAUCUGGCGCCGGCGCACCAAUCCGACGCCGUUGGGCUCCUGGCAACCCACUUUAUGGAUAUCUGGCGCCGGCGCACCAAUCCGACGCCGUUGGGCUCCUGGCAACCCACUUUAUGGAUAUCUGGCGCCGGCGCACCAAUCCGACGCCGUUGGAACCAUCGCACCCCACUUUAUGGAUAUCUGGCCCCGGCGCACCAAUCCGACGCCGUUGGGCUCCUGGCAACCCACUUUAUGGAUAUCUGGCGCCGGCGCACCAAUCCGACGCCGGUGGAACCAUCGCACCCCACUUUAUGGAUAUCUGGCGCCGGCGCACCAAUCCGACGCCGUUGGGCUCCUGGCAACCCACUUUAUGGAUAUCUGGCGCCGGCGCACCAAUCCGACGCCGUUGGGCUCCUGGCAACCCACUUUAUGGAUAUCUGGCGCCGGCGCACCAAUCCGACGCCGUUGGGCUCCUGGCAACCCACUUUAUGGAUAUCUGGCGCCGGCGCACCAAUCCGACGCCGUUGGGCUCCUGGCAACCCACUUUAUGGAUAUCUGGCGCCGGCGCACCAAUCCGACGCCGUUGGACUCAUGGCAACCCAUUUUAUGGAUAUCUGGCCCCGGCGCACCAAUCCGACGCCGUUGGGCUCGUGGCAACCCACUUUAUGGAUAUCUGGCGCCGGCGCACCAAUCCGACGCCGUUGGGCUCCUGGCAACCCACUUUAUGGAUAUCUGGCGCCGGCGCACCAAUCCGACGCCGUUGGGCUCCUGGCAACCCACUUUAUGGAUAUCUGGCGCCGGCGCACCAAUCCGACGCCGUUGGGCUCCUGGCAACCCACUUUAUGGAUAUCUGGCGCCGGCGCACCAAUCCGACGCCGUUGGGCUCGUGGCAACCCACUUUAUGGAUAUCUGGCGCCGGCGCACCAAUCCGACGCCGUUGGAACCAUCGCAACCCAUUUUAUGGAUAUCUGGUCCUGGCGCGGCAAUCCGACGCCGUUGGGCUCGUGGCAACCCACUUUAUGGAUAUCUGGCGCCGGCGCACCAAUACGACGCCGUUGGGCUCCUCGGCAACCCACUUUAUGGAUAUCUGGCCCCGGCGCACCAAUCCGACGCCGUUGGGCUCAUGGCAACCCACUUUAUGGAUAUCUGGCGCCGGCGCACCAAUCCGACGCCGUUGGGCUCGUGGCAACCCACUUUAUGGAUAUCUGGCGCCGGCGCACCAAUCCGACGCCGUUGGGCUCAUGGCAACCCACUUUAUGGAUAUCUGGCCCCGGCGCACCAAUCCGACGCCGUUGGGCUCCUGGCAACCCACUUUAUGGAUAUCUGGCGCCGGCGCACCAAUCCGACGCCGUUGGGCUCCUGGCAACCCACUUUAUGGAUAUCUGGCGCCGGCGCACCAAUCCGACGCCGUUGGGCUCCUGGCAACCCACUUUAUGGAUAUCUGGCGCCGGCGCACCAAUCCGACGCCGUUGGGCUCAUGGCAACCCACUUUAUGGAUAUCUGGCGCCGGCGCACCAAUCCGACGCCGUUGGGCUCAUGGCAACCCACUUUAUGGAUAUCUGGCGCCGGCGCACCAAUCCGACGCCGUUGGGCUCAUGGCAACCCACUUUAUGGAUAUCUGGCGCCGGCGCACCAAUCCGACGCCGUUGGGCUCGUGGCAACCCACUUUAUGGAUAUCUGGCGCCGGCGCACCAAUCCGACGCCGUUGGAACCAUCGCAACCCAUUUUAUGGAUAUCUGGCGCCGGCGCACCAAUCCGACGCCGUUGGGCUCCUGGCAACCCACUUUAUGGAUAUCUGGCGCCGGCGCACCAAUCCGACGCCGGUGGAACCAUCGCACCCCAUUUUAUGGAUAUCUGGCCCCGGCGCACCAAUCCGACGCCGUUGGGCUCCUGGCAACCCACUUUAUGGAUAUCUGGCGCCGGCGCACCAAUCCGACGCCGUUGGGCUCAUGGCAACCCACUUUAUGGAUAUCUGGCGCCGGCGCACCAAUCCGACGCCGUUGGGCUCCUGGCAACCCACUUUAUGGAUAUCUGGCGCCGGCGCACCAAUCCGACGCCGUUGGGCUCCUGGCAACCCACUUUAUGGAUAUCUGGCGCCGGCGCACCAAUCCGACGCCGGUGGAACCAUCGCACCCCACUUUAUGGAUAUCUGGCGCCGGCGCACCAAUCCGACGCCGUUGGGCUCGUGGCAACCCACUUUAUGGAUAUCUGGCGCCGGCGCACCAAUCCGACGCCGUUGGGCUCGUGGCAACCCACUUUAUGGAUAUCUGGCGCCGGCGCACCAAUCCGACGCCGUUGGGCUCCUGGCAACCCACUUUAUGGAUAUCUGGCGCCGGCGCACCAAUCCGACGCCGUUGGGCUCGUGGCAACCCACUUUAUGGAUAUCUGGCGCCGGCGCACCAAUACGACGCCGUUGGAACCAUCGCACCUCAUUUUAUGGAUAUCUGGCCCCCGCGCACCAAUUCGACGCCGUUGGGCUCGUGGCAACCCACUUUAUGGAUAUCUGGCGCCGGCGCACCAAUCCGACGCCGUUGGGCUCGUGGCAACCCACUUUAUGGAUAUCUGGCGCCGGCGCACCAAUCCGACGCCGUUGGGCUCCUGGCAACCCACUUUAUGGAUAUCUGGCGCCGGCGCACCAAUCCGACGCCGUUGGGCUCCUGGCAACCCACUUUAUGGAUAUCUGGCGCCGGCGCACCAAUCCGACGCCGUUGGGCUCCUGGCAACCCACUUUAUGGAUAUCUGGCGCCGGCGCACCAAUCCGACGCCGUUGGGCUCAUGGCAACCCACUUUAUGGAUAUCUGGCCCCGGCGCACCAAUCCGACGCCGUUGGGCUCGUGGCAACCCACUUUAUGGAUAUCUGGCGCCGGCGCACCAAUCCGACGCCGUUGGGCUCCUGGCAACCCACUUUAUGGAUAUCUGGCGCCGGCGCACCAAUCCGACGCCGUUGGGCUCCUGGCAACCCACUUUAUGGAUAUCUGGCGCCGGCGCACCAAUCCGACGCCGUUGGGCUCGUGGCAACCCACUUUAUGGAUAUCUGGCCCCGGCGCACCAAUCCGACGCCGUUGGGCUCAUGGCAACCCACUUUAUGGAUAUCUGGCGCCGGCGCACCAAUCCGACGCCGUUGGGCUCCUGGCAACCCACUUUAUGGAUAUCUGGCGCCGGCGCACCAAUCCGACGCCGUUGGGCUCCUGGCAACCCACUUUAUGGAUAUCUGGCGCCGGCGCACCAAUCCGACGCCGUUGGGCUCCUGGCAACCCACUUUAUGGAUAUCUGGCGCCGGCGCACCAAUCCGACGCCGACGCCGUUGGGCUCCUGGCAACCCACUUUAUGGAUAUCUGGCGCCGGCGCACCAAUCCGACGCCGUUGGGCUCGUGGCAACCCACUUUAUGGAUAUCUGGCGCCGGCGCACCAAUCCGACGCCGUUGGGCCCCUGGCAACCCACUUUAUGGAUAUCUGGCGCCGGCGCACCAAUCCGACGCCGUUGGGCUCCUGGCAACCCACUUUAUGGAUAUCUGGCGCCGGCGCACCAAUCCGACGCCGUUGGGCUGCUGGCAACCCACUUUAUGGAUAUCUGGCGCCGGCGCACCAAUCCGACGCCGUUGGGCUCCUGGCAACCCACUUUAUGGAUAUCUGGCGCCGGCGCACCAAUCCGACGCCGUUGGGCUCCUGGCAACCCACUUUAUGGAUAUCUGGCGCCGGCGCACCAAUCCGACGCCGUUGGGCUCCUGGCAACCCACUUUAUGGAUAUCUGGCGCCGGCGCACCAAUCCGACGCCGUUGGGCUCAUGGCAACCCACUUUAUGGAUAUCUGGCGCCGGCGCACCAAUCCGACGCCGGUGGAACCAUCGCAACCCAUUUUAUGGAAAUCUGGCGCCGGCGCACCAAUCCGACGCCGUUGGGCUCCUGGCAACCCACUUUAUGGAUAUCUGGCGCCGGCGCACCAAUCCGACGCCGUUGGGCUCGUGGCAACCCACUUUAUGGAUAUCUGGCGCCGGCGCACCAAUCCGACGCCGUUGGGCUCCUGGCAACCCACUUUAUGGAUAUCUGGCGCCGGCGCACCAAUCCGACGCCGUUGGGCUCCUGGCAACCCACUUUAUGGAUAUCUGGCGCCGGCGCACCAAUCCGACGCCGUUGGGCUCAUGGCAACCCACUUUAUGGAUAUCUGGCGCCGGCGCACCAAUCCGACGCCGUUGGGCUCCUGGCAACCCACUUUAUGGAUAUCUGGCGCCGGCGCACCAAUCCGACGCCGUUGGGCUCCUGGCAACCCACUUUAUGGAUAUCUGGCGCCGGCGCACCAAUCCGACGCCGUUGGGACCAUGGCAACCCACUUUAUGGAUAUCUGGCGCCGGCGCACCAAUCCGACGCCGUUGGGCUCCUGGCAACCCACUUUAUGGAUAUCUGGCGCCGGCGCACCAAUCCGACGCCGUUGGGCUCUCUGGCAACCCACUUUAUGGAUAUCUGGCGCCGGCGCACCAAUCCGACGCCGUUGGGCUCCUGGCAACCCACUUUAUGGAUAUCUGGCCCCGGCGCACCAAUCCGACGCCGUUGGGCUCCUGGCAACCCACUUUAUGGAUAUCUGGCGCCGGCGCACCAAUCCGACGCCGUUGGGCUCCUGGCAACCCACUUUAUGGAUAUCUGGCGCCGGCGCACCAAUCCGACGCCGUUGGGCUCCUGGCAACCCACUUUAUGGAUAUCUGGCGCCGGCGCACCAAUCCGACGCCGUUGGGCUCGUGGCAACCCACUUUAUGGAUAUCUGGCCCCGGCGCACCAAUCCGACGCCGGUGGAACCAUCGCACCCCAUUUUAUGGAUAUCUGGCCCCGGCGCACCAAUCCGACGCCGUUGGGCUCCUGGCAACCCACUUUAUGGAUAUCUGGCGCCGGCGCACCAAUCCGACGCCGUUGGGCUCCUGGCAACCCACUUUAUGGAUAUCUGGCGCCGGCGCACCAAUCCGACGCCGUUGGGCUCCUGGCAACCCACUUUAUGGAUAUCUGGCGCCGGCGCACCAAUCCGACGCCGUUGGGCUCAUGGCAACCCACUUUAUGGAUAUCUGGCGCCGGCGCACCAAUCCGACGCCGUUGGGCUCCUGGCAACCCACUUUAUGGAUAUCUGGCGCCGGCGCACCAAUCCGACGCCGUUGGGCUCCAUGGCAACCCACUUUAUGGAUAUCUGGCGCCGGCGCACCAAUCCGACGCCGUUGGGCUCCUGGCAACCCACUUUAUGGAUAUCUGGCGCCGGCGCACCAAUCCGACGCCGUUGGGCUCCUGGCAACCCACUUUAUGGAUAUCUGGCGCCGGCGCACCAAUCCGACGCCGUUGGGCUCCUCGGCAACCCACUUUAUGGAUAUCUGGCGCCGGCGCACCAAUCCGACGCCGUUGGGCUCCUGGCAACCCACUUUAUGGAUAUCUGGCGCCGGCGCACCAAUCCGACGCCGUUGGGCUCCUGGCAACCCACUUUAUGGAUAUCUGGCGCCGGCGCACCAAUCCGACGCCGUUGGAACCAUCGCAACCCACUUUAUGGAUAUCUGGCGCCGGCGCACCAAUCCGACGCCGUUGGGCUCCUGGCAACCCACUUUAUGGAUAUCUGGCGCCGGCGCACCAAUCCGACGCCGUUGGGCUCCUGGCAACCCACUUUAUGGAUAUCUGGCGCCGGCGCACCAAUCCGACGCCGUUGGCACCAUGGCAACCCACUUUAUGGAUAUCUGGCGCCGGCGCACCAAUCCGACGCCGUUGGGCUCCUGGCAACCCACUUUAUGGAUAUCUGGCGCCGGCGCACCAAUCCGACGCCGUUGGGCUCCUGGCAACCCACUUUAUGGAUAUCUGGCCCCGGCGCACCAAUCAGACGCCGUUGGGCUCCUGGCAACCCACUUUAUGGAUAUCUGGCGCCGGCGCACCAAUCCGACGCCGUUGGGCUCAUGGCAACCCACUUUAUGGAUAUCUGGCGCCGGCGCACCAAUCCGACGCCGUUGGGCUCCUGGCAACCCACUUUAUGGAUAUCUGGCGCCGGCGCACCAAUCCGACGCCGUUGGGCCAUCCUGGCAACCCACUUUAUGGAUAUCUGGCGCCGGCGCACCAAUCCGACGCCGUUGGGCUCCUGGCAACCCACUUUAUGGAUAUCUGGCGCCGGCGCACCAAUCCGACGCCGUUGGGCUCCUGGCAACCCACUUUAUGGAUAUCUGGCGCCGGCGCACCAAUCCGACGCCGUUGGGCUCCUGGCAACCCACUUUAUGGAUAUCUGGCGCCGGCGCACCAAUCCGACGCCGGUGGAACCAUCGCACCCCAUUUUAUGGAUAUCUGGCCCCGGCGCACCAAUCCGACGCCGUUGGGCUCCUGGCAACCCACUUUAUGGAUAUCUGGCGCCGGCGCACCAAUCCGACGCCGUUGGACCCAUCGCAACCCACUUUAUGGAUAUCUGGCGCCGGCGCACCAAUCCGACGCCGUUGGGCUCCUGGCAACCCACUUUAUGGAUAUCUGGCGCCGGCGCACCAAUCCGACGCCGGUGGAACCAUCGCAACCCACUUUAUGGAUAUCUGGCGCCGGCGCACCAAUCCGACGCCGUUGGGCUCCUGGCAACCCACUUUAUGGAUAUCUGGCGCCGGCGCACCAAUCCGACGCCGUUGGGCUCCUGGCAACCCACUUUAUGGAUAUCUGGCGCCGGCGCACCAAUCCGACGCCGUUGGGCUCCUGGCAACCCACUUUAUGGAUAUCUGGCCCCGGCGCACCAAUCCGACGCCGUUGGGCUCCUGGCAACCCACUUUAUGGAUAUCUGGCGCCGGCGCACCAAUCCGACGCCGUUGGGCUCCUGGCAACCCACUUUAUGGAUAUCUGGCGCCGGCGCACCAAUCCGACGCCGUUGGGCUCCUGGCAACCCACUUUAUGGAUAUCUGGCGCCGGCGCACCAAUCCGACUCUGGUGUACCCUACGAAACCUAUUUUAUGGAAAUCUGGCGCCGGCGCACCAAUCCGACGCCGUUGGGCUCCUGGCAACCCACUUUAUGGAUAUCUGGCGCCGGCGCACCAAUCCGACGCCGUUGGGCUCCUGGCAACCCACUUUAUGGAUAUCUGGCGCCGGCGCACCAAUCCGACGCCGUUGGGCUCCAUGGCAACCCACUUUAUGGAUAUCUGGCGCCGGCGCACCAAUCCGACGCCGUUGGGCCCAUGGCAACCCACUUUAUGGAUAUCUGGCGCCGGCGCACCAAUCCGACGCCGUUGGGCUCCUGGCAACCCACUUUAUGGAUAUCUGGCGCCGGCGCACCAAUCCGACGCCGUUGGGCUCGUGGCAACCCACUUUAUGGAUAUCUGGCGCCGGCGCACCAAUCCGACGCCGGUGGGACCAUCGCACCCCACUUUAUGGAUAUCUGGCGCCGGCGCACCAAUCCGACGCCGUUGGGCUCCUGGCAACCCACUUUAUGGAUAUCUGGCGCCGGCGCACCAAUCCGACGCCGUUGGGCUCCUGGCAACCCACUUUAUGGAUAUCUGGCGCCGGCGCACCAAUCCGACGCCGUUGGGCUCCUGGCAACCCACUUUAUGGAUAUCUGGCGCCGGCGCACCAAUCCGACGCCGUUGGGCUCCUGGCAACCCACUUUAUGGAUAUCUGGCGCCGGCGCACCAAUCCGACGCCGGUGGAACCAUCGCAACCCACUUUAUGGAUAUCUGGCGCCGGCGCACCAAUCCGACGCCGUUGGGCUCCUGGCAACCCACUUUAUGGAUAUCUGGCGCCGGCGCACCAAUCCGACGCCGUUGGGCCCAUGGCAACCCACUUUAUGGAUAUCUGGCGCCGGCGCACCAAUCCGACGCCGUUGGGCUCCUGGCAACCCACUUUAUGGAUAUCUGGCGCCGGCGCACCAAUCCGACGCCGUUGGGCUCCUGGCAACCCACUUUAUGGAUAUCUGGCGCCGGCGCACCAAUCCGACGCCGGUGGAACCAUCGCACCCCACUUUAUGGAUAUCUGGCGCCGGCGCACCAAUCCGACGCCGUUGGGCUCCUGGCAACCCACUUUAUGGAUAUCUGGCGCCGGCGCACCAAUCCGACGCCGUUGGGCUCCUGGCAACCCACUUUAUGGAUAUCUGGCGCCGGCGCACCAAUCCGACGCCGUUGGGCUCCUGGCAACCCACUUUAUGGAUAUCUGGCGCCGGCGCACCAAUCCGACGCCGUUGGGCUCCUGGCAACCCACUUUAUGGAUAUCUGGCGCCGGCGCACCAAUCCGACGCCGGUGGAACCAUCGCACCCCAUUUUAUGGAUAUCUGGCGCCGGCGCACCAAUCCGACGCCGUUGGGCUCCUGGCAACCCACUUUAUGGAUAUCUGGCGCCGGCGCACCAAUCCGACGCCGGUGGACCCAUCGCAACCCACUUUAUGGAUAUCUGGCGCCGGCGCACCAAUCCGACGCCGUUGGGCUCCUGGCAACCCACUUUAUGGAUAUCUGGCGCCGGCGCACCAAUCCGACGCCGUUGGGCUCCUGGCAACCCACUUUAUGGAUAUCUGGCGCCGGCGCACCAAUCCGACGCCGGUGGAACCAUCGCAACCCACUUUAUGGAUAUCUGGCGCCGGCGCACCAAUCCGACGCCGUUGGGCUCCUGGCAACCCACUUUAUGGAUAUCUGGCGCCGGCGCACCAAUCCGACGCCGUUGGGCUCCUGGCAACCCACUUUAUGGAUAUCUGGCGCCGGCGCACCAAUCCGACGCCGGUGGAACCAUCGCACCCCACUUUAUGGAUAUCUGGCGCCGGCGCACCAAUCCGACGCCGUUGGCCAGCUGGCAACCCACUUUAUGGAUAUCUGGCCCCGGCGCACCAAUCCGACGCCGUUGGGCUCCUGGCAACCCACUUUAUGGAUAUCUGGCGCCGGCGCACCAAUCCGACGCCGUUGGGCUCCUGGCAACCCACUUUAUGGAUAUCUGGCGCCGGCGCACCAAUCCGACGCCGUUGGGCUCCUGGCAACCCACUUUAUGGAUAUCUGGCCCCGGCGCACCAAUCCGACGCCGUUGGGCUCAUGGCAACCCACUUUAUGGAUAUCUGGCCCCGGCGCACCAAUCCGACGCCGUUGGGCUCCUGGCAACCCACUUUAUGGAUAUCUGGCGCCGGCGCACCAAUCCGACGCCGUUGGGCUCAUGGCAACCCACUUUAUGGAUAUCUGGCGCCGGCGCACCAAUCCGACGCCGUUGGGCUCCUGGCAACCCACUUUAUGGAUAUCUGGCGCCGGCGCACCAAUCCGACGCCGGUGGAACCAUCGCAACCCACUUUAUGGAUAUCUGGCGCCGGCGCACCAAUCCGACGCCGUUGGGCUCCUGGCAACCCACUUUAUGGAUAUCUGGCGCCGGCGCACCAAUCCGACGCCGUUGGGCUCCUGGCAACCCACUUUAUGGAUAUCUGGCGCCGGCGCACCAAUCCGACGCCGUUGGACCAUCCUGGCAACCCACUUUAUGGAUAUCUGGCGCCGGCGCACCAAUCCGACGCCGUUGGGCUCCAUGGCAACCAACUUUAUGGAUAUCUGGCGCCGGCGCACCAAUCCGACGCCGGUGGGCCCAUGGCAACCCACUUUAUGGAUAUCUGGCGCCGGCGCACCAAUCCGACGCCGUUGGGCUCCUGGCAACCCACUUUAUGGAUAUCUGGCGCCGGCGCACCAAUCCGACGCCGUUGGGCUCCUGGCAACCCACUUUAUGGAUAUCUGGCGCCGGCGCACCAAUCCGACGCCGUUGGGCUCAUGGCAACCCACUUUAUGGAUAUCUGGCGCCGGCGCACCAAUCCGACGCCGUUGGGCUGAUGGCAACCCACUUUAUGGAUAUCUGGCGCCGGCGCACCAAUCCGACGCCGUUGGGCUCCUGGCAACCCACUUUAUGGAUAUCUGGCGCCGGCGCACCAAUCCGACGCCGUUGGGCUCCUGGCAACCCACUUUAUGGAUAUCUGGCGCCGGCGCACCAAUCCGACGCCGGUGGAACCAUCGCACCCCACUUUAUGGAUAUCUGGCGCCGGCGCACCAAUCCGACGCCGUUGGGCUCCUGGCAACCCACUUUAUGGAUAUCUGGCGCCGGCGCACCAAUCCGACGCCGUUGGGCUCCUGGCAACCCACUUUAUGGAUAUCUGGCGCCGGCGCACCAAUCCGACGCCGUUGGGCUCCUGGCAACCCACUUUAUGGAUAUCUGGCGCCGGCGCACCAAUCCGACGCCGUUGGGCUCCUGGCAACCCACUUUAUGGAUAUCUGGCGCCGGCGCACCAAUCCGACGCCGGUGGAACCAUCGCAACCCACUUUAUGGAUAUCUGGCGCCGGCGCACCAAUCCGACGCCGUUGGGCUCCUGGCAACCCACUUUAUGGAUAUCUGGCGCCGGCGCACCAAUCCGACGCCGUUGGGCUCCUGGCAACCCACUUUAUGGAUAUCUGGCGCCGGCGCACCAAUCCGACGCCGGUGGAACCAUCGCACCCCACUUUUAUGGAUAUCUGGCGCCGGCGCACCAAUCCGACGCCGUUGGGCUCCUGGCAACCCACUUUAUGGAUAUCUGGCGCCGGCGCACCAAUCCGACGCCGUUGGGCUCCUGGCAACCCACUUUAUGGAUAUCUGGCGCCGGCGCACCAAUCCGACGCCGUUGGGCUGUCGCAACCCACUUUAUGGAUAUCUGGCGCCGGCGCACCAAUCCGACGCCGUUGGGCUCCUGGCAACCCACUUUAUGGAUAUCUGGCGCCGGCGCACCAAUCCGACGCCGUUGGGCUCAUGGCAACCCACUUUAUGGAUAUCUGGCGCCCGGCGCACCAAUCCGACGCCGUUGGGCUCCUGGCAACCCACUUUAUGGAUAUCUGGCGCCGGCGCACCAAUCCGACGCCGUUGGGCUCCUGGCAACCCACUUUAUGGAUAUCUGGCGCCGGCGCACCAAUCCGACGCCGUUGGGCUCCUGGCAACCCACUUUAUGGAUAUCUGGCGCCGGCGCACCAAUCCGACGCCGGUGGAACCAUCGCACCCCACUUUAUGGAUAUCUGGCGCCGGCGCACCAAUCCGACGCCGUUGGGCUCCUGGCAACCCACUUUAUGGAUAUCUGGCGCCGGCGCACCAAUCCGACGCCGUUGGGCUCCUGGCAACCCACUUUAUGGAUAUCUGGCGCCGGCGCACCAAUCCGACGCCGGUGGAACCAUCGCACCCCACUUUAUGGAUAUCUGGCGCCGGCGCACCAAUCCGACGCCGUUGGGCUCCUGGCAACCCACUUUAUGGAUAUCUGGCGCCGGCGCACCAAUCCGACGCCGUUGGGCUCCUGGCAACCCACUUUAUGGAUAUCUGGCGCCGGCGCACCAAUCCGACGCCGGUGGAACCAUCGCACCCCACUUUAUGGAUAUCUGGCGCCGGCGCACCAAUCCGACGCCGUUGGGCUCCUGGCAACCCACUUUAUGGAUAUCUGGCGCCGGCGCACCAAUCCGACGCCGUUGGGCUCCUGGCAACCCACUUUAUGGAUAUCUGGCGCCGGCGCACCAAUCCGACGCCGUUGGGCUCCUGGCAACCCACUUUAUGGAUAUCUGGCGCCGGCGCACCAAUCCGACGCCGUUGGGCUCAUGGCAACCCACUUUAUGGAUAUCUGGCCCCGGCGCACCAAUCCGACGCCGUUGGGCUCCUGGCAACCCACUUUAUGGAUAUCUGGCGCCGGCGCACCAAUCCGACGCCGUUGGGCUCCUGGCAACCCACUUUAUGGAUAUCUGGCGCCGGCGCACCAAUCCGACGCCGGUGGAACCAUCGCAACCCACUUUAUGGAUAUCUGGCGCCGGCGCACCAAUCCGACGCCGUUGGGCUCCUGGCAACCCACUUUAUGGAUAUCUGGCGCCGGCGCACCAAUCCGACGCCGUUGGGCUCCUGGCAACCCACUUUAUGGAUAUCUGGCGCCGGCGCACCAAUCCGACGCCGUUGGGCUCCUGGCAACCCACUUUAUGGAUAUCUGGCGCCGGCGCACCAAUCCGACGCCGUUGGGCUCCUGGCAACCCACUUUAUGGAUAUCUGGCGCCGGCGCACCAAUCCGACGCCGUUGGGCUCCUGGCAACCCACUUUAUGGAUAUCUGGCGCCGGCGCACCAAUCCGACGCCGUUGGAACCAUCGCAACCCACUUUAUGGAUAUCUGGCGCCGGCGCACCAAUCCGACGCCGUUGGAACCAUGGCAACCCACUUUAUGGAUAUCUGGCGCCGGCGCACCAAUCCGACGCCGUUGGGCUCCUGGCAACCCACUUUAUGGAUAUCUGGCGCCGGCGCACCAAUCCGACGCCGUUGGGCUCCUGGCAACCCACUUUAUGGAUAUCUGGCGCCGGCGCACCAAUCCGACGCCGUUGGGCUCAUCGGCAACCCACUUUAUGGAUAUCUGGCGCCGGCGCACCAAUCCGACGCCGUUGGAACCAUCGCAACCCACUUUAUGGAUAUCUGGCGCCGGCGCACCAAUCCGACGCCGUUGGAACCAUCGCAACCCACUUUAUGGAUAUCUGGCGCCGGCGCACCAAUCCGACGCCGUUGGGCUCCUGGCAACCCACUUUAUGGAUAUCUGGCGCCGGCGCACCAAUCCGACGCCGUUGGGCUCCUGGCAACCCACUUUAUGGAUAUCUGGCGCCGGCGCACCAAUCCGACGCCGUUGGGCUCCUGGCAACCCACUUUAUGGAUAUCUGGCGCCGGCGCACCAAUCCGACGCCGGUGGAACCAUCGCACCCCACUUUAUGGAUAUCUGGCGCCGGCGCACCAAUCCGACGCCGUUGGGCUCCUGGCAACCCACUUUAUGGAUAUCUGGCGCCGGCGCACCAAUCCGACGCCGUUGGGCUCCUGGCAACCCACUUUAUGGAUAUCUGGCGCCGGCGCACCAAUCCGACGCCGGUGGAACCAUCGCACCCCACUUUAUGGAUAUCUGGCGCCGGCGCACCAAUCCGACGCCGUUGGGCUCCUGGCAACCCACUUUAUGGAUAUCUGGCGCCGGCGCACCAAUCCGACGCCGUUGGGCUCCAUGGCAACCCACUUUAUGGAUAUCUGGCGCCGGCGCACCAAUCCGACGCCGUUGGGCUCCUGGCAACCCACUUUAUGGAUAUCUGGCGCCGGCGCACCAAUCCGACGCCGUUGGGCUCCUGGCAACCCACUUUAUGGAUAUCUGGCGCCGGCGCACCAAUCCGACGCCGUUGGGCUCCAUGGCAACCCACUUUAUGGAUAUCUGGCGCCGGCGCACCAAUCCGACGCCGUUGGGCUCCUGGCAACCCACUUUAUGGAUAUCUGGCGCCGGCGCACCAAUCCGACGCCGUUGGGCUCAUGGCAACCCACUUUAUGGAUAUCUGGCGCCGGCGCACCAAUCCGACGCCGUUGGGCUCCUGGCAACCCACUUUAUGGAUAUCUGGCGCCGGCGCACCAAUCCGACGCCGUUGGGCUCCUGGCAACCCACUUUAUGGAUAUCUGGCGCCGGCGCACCAAUCCGACGCCGUUGGGCUCCUGGCAACCCACUUUAUGGAUAUCUGGCGCCGGCGCACCAAUCCGACGCCGGUGGAACCAUCGCAACCCACUUUAUGGAUAUCUGGCGCCGGCGCACCAAUCCGACGCCGUUGGGCUCCUGGCAACCCACUUUAUGGAUAUCUGGCGCCGGCGCACCAAUCCGACGCCGUUGGGCUCCUGGCAACCCACUUUAUGGAUAUCUGGCGCCGGCGCACCAAUCCGACGCCGUUGGGCUCCUGGCAACCCACUUUAUGGAUAUCUGGCGCCGGCGCACCAAUCCGACGCCGUUGGGCUCCUGGCAACCCACUUUAUGGAUAUCUGGCGCCGGCGCACCAAUCCGACGCCGUUGGGCUCCUGGCAACCCACUUUAUGGAUAUCUGGCGCCGGCGCACCAAUCCGACGCCGGUGGAACCAUCGCACCCCACUUUAUGGAUAUCUGGCGCCGGCGCACCAAUCCGACGCCGUUGGGCUCCUGGCAACCCACUUUAUGGAUAUCUGGCGCCGGCGCACCAAUCCGACGCCGUUGGGAUCAUGGCAACCCACUUUAUGGAUAUCUGGCGCCGGCGCACCAAUCCGACGCCGUUGGGCUGCUGGCAACCCACUUUAUGGAUAUCUGGCCCCGGCGCACCAAUCCGACGCCGGUGGAACCAAACCCACUUUAUGGAUAUCUGGCGCCGGCGCACCAAUCCGACGCCGUUGGGCUGCUGGCAACCCACUUUAUGGAUAUCUGGCGCCGGCGCACCAAUCCGACGCCGUUGGGCUCCUGGCAACCCACUUUAUGGAUAUCUGGCGCCGGCGCACCAAUCCGACGCCGUUGGGCUCCUGGCAACCCACUUUAUGGAUAUCUGGCGCCGGCGCACCAAUCCGACGCCGUUGGGCUCCUGGCAACCCACUUUAUGGAUAUCUGGCGCCGGCGCACCAAUCCGACGCCGUUGGGCUCCUGGCAACCCACUUUAUGGAUAUCUGGCGCCGGCGCACCAAUCCGACGCCGGUGGAACCAUCGCACCCCACUUUAUGGAUAUCUGGCCCCGGCGCACCAAUCAGACGCCGUUGGGCUCCUGGCAACCCACUUUAUGGAUAUCUGGCGCCGGCGCACCAAUCCGACGCCGUUGGAACCAUCGCACCCCACUUUAUGGAUAUCUGGCGCCGGCGCACCAAUCCGACGCCGUUGGGCUCCUGGCAACCCACUUUAUGGAUAUCUGGCGCCGGCGCACCAAUCCGACGCCGUUGGGAUCCUGGCAACCCACUUUAUGGAUAUCUGGCGCCGGCGCACCAAUCCGACGCCGUUGGGCUCCUGGCAACCCACUUUAUGGAUAUCUGGCGCCGGCGCACCAAUCCGACGCCGUUGGGCUCCUGGCAACCCACUUUAUGGAUAUCUGGCGCCGGCGCACCAAUCCGACGCCGGUGGAACCAUCGCACCCCACUUUAUGGAUAUCUGGCGCCGGCGCACCAAUCCGACGCCGUUGGGCUCCUGGCAACCCACUUUAUGGAUAUCUGGCGCCGGCGCACCAAUCCGACGCCGUUGGGCUGCUGGCAACCCACUUUAUGGAUAUCUGGCGCCGGCGCACCAAUCCGACGCCGUUGGGCUCCUGGCAACCCACUUUAUGGAUAUCUGGCGCCGGCGCACCAAUCCGACGCCGGUGGAACCAUCGCACCCCACUUUAUGGAUAUCUGGCGCCGGCGCACCAAUCCGACGCCGUUGGGCUGCUGGCAACCCACUUUAUGGAUAUCUGGCCCCGGCGCACCAAUCCGACGCCGUUGGGCUCCUGGCAACCCACUUUAUGGAUAUCUGGCGCCGGCGCACCAAUCCGACGCCGUUGGGCUCCUGGCAACCCACUUUAUGGAUAUCUGGCGCCGGCGCACCAAUCCGACGCCGGUGGAACCAUCGCACCCCACUUUAUGGAUAUCUGGCGCCGGCGCACCAAUCCGACGCCGGUGGAACCAUCGCACCCCACUUUAUGGAUAUCUGGCGCCGGCGCACCAAUCCGACGCCGUUGGGCUCCUGGCAACCCACUUUAUGGAUAUCUGGCGCCGGCGCACCAAUCCGACGCCGUUGGGCUGCUGGCAACCCACUUUAUGGAUAUCUGGCGCCGGCGCACCAAUCCGACGCCGUUGGGCUCCUGGCAACCCACUUUAUGGAUAUCUGGCGCCGGCGCACCAAUCCGACGCGGUGGAAGGGCCAUGGCAACCCACUUUAUGGAUAUCUGGCGCCGGCGCACCAAUCCGACGCCGUUGGGCUCCUGGCAACCCACUUUAUGGAUAUCUGGCGCCGGCGCACCAAUCCGACGCCGUUGGGCUCCUGGCAACCCACUUUAUGGAUAUCUGGCGCCGGCGCACCAAUCCGACGCCGGUGGAACCAUCGCACCCCAUUUUAUGGAUAUCUGGCCCCGGCGCACCAAUCCGACGCCUACGAAACCUAUUUUAUGGAAAUCUGGCGCCGGCGCACCAAUCCGACGCCGUUGGGCUCCUGGCAACCCACUUUAUGGAUAUCUGGCGCCGGCGCACCAAUCCGACGCCGUUGGGCUCCUGGCAACCCACUUUAUGGAUAUCUGGCGCCGGCGCACCAAUCCGACGCCGUUGGGCUCCUGGCAACCCACUUUAUGGAUAUCUGGCGCCGGCGCACCAAUCCGACGCCGUUGGGCUCCUGGCAACCCACUUUAUGGAUAUCUGGCGCCGGCGCACCAAUCCGACGCCGUUGGGCUCCUGGCAACCCACUUUAUGGAUAUCUGGCGCCGGCGCACCAAUCCGACGCCGGUGGAACCAUCGCACCCCACUUUAUGGAUAUCUGGCGCCGGCGCACCAAUCCGACGCCGUUGGGCUCCUGGCAACCCACUUUAUGGAUAUCUGGCGCCGGCGCACCAAUCCGACGCCGUUGGGCUCCUGGCAACCCACUUUAUGGAUAUCUGGCGCCGGCGCACCAAUCCGACGCCGUUGGGCUCCUGGCAACCCACUUUAUGGAUAUCUGGCGCCGGCGCACCAAUCCGACGCCGUUGGGCUCCUGGCAACCCACUUUAUGGAUAUCUGGCGCCGGCGCACCAAUCCGACGCCGUUGGGACCAUCUGGCAACCCACUUUAUGGAUAUCUGGCGCCGGCGCACCAAUCCGACGCCGUUGGGCUCCUGGCAACCCACUUUAUGGAUAUCUGGCGCCGGCGCACCAAUCCGACGCCGGUGGACCCAUCGCAACCCAUUUUAUGGAUAUCUGGCGCCGGCGCACCAAUCCGACGCCGUUGGGCUCCUGGCAACCCACUUUAUGGAUAUCUGGCGCCGGCGCACCAAUCCGACGCCGUUGGGCUCCUGGCAACCCACUUUAUGGAUAUCUGGCGCCGGCGCACCAAUCCGACGCCGGUGGAACCAUCGCACCCCACUUUAUGGAUAUCUGGCGCCGGCGCACCAAUCCGACGCCGUUGGGCUCCUGGCAACCCACUUUAUGGAUAUCUGGCGCCGGCGCACCAAUCCGACGCCGUUGGGCUCCUGGCAACCCACUUUAUGGAUAUCUGGCGCCGGCGCACCAAUCCGACGCCGUUGGGCUCCUGGCAACCCACUUUAUGGAUAUCUGGCGCCGGCGCACCAAUCCGACGCCGUUGGGCUCCUCGGCAACCCACUUUAUGGAUAUCUGGCGCCGGCGCACCAAUCCGACGCCGUUGGGACCCUGGCAACCCACUUUAUGGAUAUCUGGCGCCGGCGCACCAAUCCGACGCCGUUGGGCUCCUCGGCAACCCACUUUAUGGAUAUCUGGCGCCGGCGCACCAAUCCGACGCCGUUGGGCUCCUGGCAACCCACUUUAUGGAUAUCUGGCGCCGGCGCACCAAUCCGACGCCGUUGGGCUCCUGGCAACCCACUUUAUGGAUAUCUGGCGCCGGCGCACCAAUCCGACGCCGGUGGAACCAUCGCAACCCACUUUAUGGAUAUCUGGCGCCGGCGCACCAAUCCGACGCCGUUGGGCUCCUGGCAACCCACUUUAUGGAUAUCUGGCGCCGGCGCACCAAUCCGACGCCGUUGGGCUCCUGGCAACCCACUUUAUGGAUAUCUGGCGCCGGCGCACCAAUCCGACGCCGUUGGGCCCCUGGCAACCCACUUUAUGGAUAUCUGGCGCCGGCGCACCAAUCCGACGCCGUUGGGCCCAUGGCAACCCACUUUAUGGAUAUCUGGCGCCGGCGCACCAAUCCGACGCCGUUGGGCUCCUGGCAACCCACUUUAUGGAUAUCUGGCGCCGGCGCACCAAUCCGACGCCGUUGGGCUCCUGGCAACCCACUUUAUGGAUAUCUGGCGCCGGCGCACCAAUCCGACGCCGUUGGGCUCCUGGCAACCCACUUUAUGGAUAUCUGUCGCCGGCGCACCAAUCCGACGCCGUUGGGCUCCUGGCAACCCACUUUAUGGAUAUCUGGCGCCGGCGCACCAAUCCGACGCCGUUGGGCUCCUGGCAACCCACUUUAUGGAUAUCUGGCGCCGGCGCACCAAUCCGACGCCGUUGGGCUCCUGGCAACCCACUUUAUGGAUAUCUGGCCCCGGCGCACCAAUCCGACGCCGUUGGGCUCCUGGCAACCCACUUUAUGGAUAUCUGGCGCCGGCGCACCAAUCCGACGCCGGUGGAACCAUCGCACCCCAUUUUAUGGAUAUCUGGCCCCGGCGCACCAAUCCGACGCCGUUGGGCUCCUGGCAACCCACUUUAUGGAUAUCUGGCGCCGGCGCACCAAUCCGACGCCGUUGGGCUCCUGGCAACCCACUUUAUGGAUAUCUGGCGCCGGCGCACCAAUCCGACGCCGUUGGGCUCCUGGCAACCCACUUUAUGGAUAUCUGGCGCCGGCGCACCAAUCCGACGCCGUUGGGCUCCUGGCAACCCACUUUAUGGAUAUCUGGCGCCGGCGCACCAAUCCGACGCCGUUGGGCUCCAUGGCGAACCCACUUUAUGGAUAUCUGGCGCCGGCGCACCAAUCCGACGCCGGUGGAACCAUCGCACCCCACUUUAUGGAUAUCUGGCGCCGGCGCACCAAUCCGACGCCGUUGGGCUCCUGGCAACCCACUUUAUGGAUAUCUGGCGCCGGCGCACCAAUCCGACGCCGUUGGAACCAUGGCACCCCACUUUAUGGAUAUCUGGCGCCGGCGCACCAAUCCGACGCCGUUGGGCUCCUGGCAACCCACUUUAUGGAUAUCUGGCGCCGGCGCACCAAUCCGACGCCGUUGGGCUCCUGGCAACCCACUUUAUGGAUAUCUGGCGCCGGCGCACCAAUCCGACGCCGUUGGGCUCCUGGCAACCCACUUUAUGGAUAUCUGGCGCCGGCGCACCAAUCCGACGCCGUUGGGCUCCUGGCAACCCACUUUAUGGAUAUCUGGCGCCGGCGCACCAAUCCGACGCCGUUGGGCUCAUCUGGCAACCCACUUUAUGGAUAUCUGGCGCCGGCGCACCAAUCCGACGCCGUUGGGCUCCUGGCAACCCACUUUAUGGAUAUCUGGCGCCGGCGCACCAAUCCGACGCCGUUGGGCCCAUGGCAACCCACUUUAUGGAUAUCUGGCGCCGGCGCACCAAUCCGACGCCGUUGGGCUCCUGGCAACCCACUUUAUGGAUAUCUGGCGCCGGCGCACCAAUCCGACGCCGUUGGUAUCGUGGCAACCCACUUUAUGGAUAUCUGGCGCCGGCGCACCAAUCCGACGCCCUCGUGGCAACUCACUUUAUGGAUAUCUGGCGCCGGCGCACCAAUCCGACGCCGUUGGGCUCCUGGCAACCCACUUUAUGGAUAUCUGGCGCCGGCGCACCAAUCCGACGCCGUUGGGCUCAUGGCAACCCACUUUAUGGAUAUCUGGCGCCGGCGCACCAAUCCGACGCCGUUGGGCUCCUGGCAACCCACUUUAUGGAUAUCUGGCGCCGGCGCACCAAUCCGACGCCGUUGGAACCAUCCCACCCCAUUUUAUGGAUAUCUGGCGCCGGCGCACCAAUCCGACGCCGUUGGGCUCCUGGCAACCCACUUUAUGGAUAUCUGGCGCCGGCGCACCAAUCCGACGCCGUUGGGCUCCUGGCAACCCACUUUAUGGAUAUCUGGCGCCGGCGCACCAAUCCGACGCCGGUGGAACCAUCGCACCCCACUUUAUGGAUAUCUGGCGCCGGCGCACCAAUCCGACGCCGUUGGGCUCCUGGCAACCCACUUUAUGGAUAUCUGGCGCCGGCGCACCAAUCCGACGCCGUUGGGCUCCUGGCAACCCACUUUAUGGAUAUCUGGCGCCGGCGCACCAAUCCGACGCCGUUGGGCUCCUGGCAACCCACUUUAUGGAUAUCUGGCGCCGGCGCACCAAUCCGACGCCGUUGGGCUCCUGGCAACCCACUUUAUGGAUAUCUGGCGCCGGCGCACCAAUCCGACGCCGGUGGAACCAUCGCACCCCACUUUAUGGAUAUCUGGCGCCGGCGCACCAAUCCGACGCCGUUGGGCUCCUGGCAACCCACUUUAUGGAUAUCUGGCGCCGGCGCACCAAUCCGACGCCGUUGGGCUCCUGGCAACCCACUUUAUGGAUAUCUGGCGCCGGCGCACCAAUCCGACGCCGUUGGGCUCCUGGCAACCCACUUUAUGGAUAUCUGGCGCCGGCGCACCAAUCCGACGCCGUUGGGCUCGGCAACCCCCAUUUUAUGGAUAUCUGGCGCCGGCGCACCAAUCCGACGCCGUUGGGCUCAUGGCAACCCACUUUAUGGAUAUCUGGCGCCGGCGCACCAAUCCGACGCCGUUGGGCUCCUGGCAACCCACUUUAUGGAUAUCUGGCGCCGGCGCACCAAUCCGACGCCGUUGGGCUCCUGGCAACCCACUUUAUGGAUAUCUGGCGCCGGCGCACCAAUCCGACGCCGUUGGGCUCCAUGGCAACCCACUUUAUGGAUAUCUGGCGCCGGCGCACCAAUCCGACGCCGUUGGGCUCCUGGCAACCCACUUUAUGGAUAUCUGGCGCCGGCGCACCAAUCCGACGCCGGUGGAACCAUCGCAACCCACUUUAUGGAUAUCUGGCGCCGGCGCACCAAUCCGACGCCGUUGGGCUCCUGGCAACCCACUUUAUGGAUAUCUGGCGCCGGCGCACCAAUCCGACGCCGUUGGGCUCCUGGCAACCCACUUUAUGGAUAUCUGGCGCCGGCGCACCAAUCCGACGCCGUUGGGCUCCUGGCAACCCACUUUAUGGAUAUCUGGCGCCGGCGCACCAAUCCGACGCCGUUGGAACCAUCGCACCCCAUUUUAUGGAUAUCUGGCCCCGGCGCACCAAUCCGACGCCGUUGGGCUCCUGGCAACCCACUUUAUGGAUAUCUGGCCCCGGCGCACCAAUCCGACGCCGUUGGGCUCCUGGCAACCCACUUUAUGGAUAUCUGGCGCCGGCGCACCAAUCCGACGCCGUUGGGCUCCUGGCAACCCACUUUAUGGAUAUCUGGCGCCGGCGCACCAAUCCGACGCCGGUGGAACCAUCGCACCCCACUUUAUGGAUAUCUGGCGCCGGCGCACCAAUCCGACGCCGUUGGGCUCCUGGCAACCCACUUUAUGGAUAUCUGGCGCCGGCGCACCAAUCCGACGCCGUUGGGCUCCUGGCAACCCACUUUAUGGAUAUCUGGCGCCGGCGCACCAAUCCGACGCCGUUGGGCUCCUGGCAACCCACUUUAUGGAUAUCUGGCGCCGGCGCACCAAUCCGACGCCGUUGGGCUCCUGGCAACCCACUUUAUGGAUAUCUGGCGCCGGCGCACCAAUCCGACGCCGUUGGAACCAUCGCAACCCACUUUAUGGAUAUCUGGCGCCGGCGCACCAAUCCGACGCCGUUGGGCUCCUGGCAACCCACUUUAUGGAUAUCUGGCGCCGGCGCACCAAUCCGACGCCGUUGGGCUCAUGGCAACCCACUUUAUGGAUAUCUGGCGCCGGCGCACCAAUCCGACGCCGUUGGGCUCCUGGCAACCCACUUUAUGGAUAUCUGGCGCCGGCGCACCAAUCCGACGCCGUGUCUGGCACCAAUCCCACACCCCAUUUUAUGGAUAUCUGGCCCCGGCGCACCAAUCCGACGCCGUUGGGCUCCUGGCAACCCACUUUAUGGAUAUCUGGCGCCGGCGCACCAAUCCGACGCCGUUGGGCUCCUGGCAACCCACUUUAUGGAUAUCUGGCGCCGGCGCACCAAUCCGACGCCGUUGGGCUCCUGGCAACCCACUUUAUGGAUAUCUGGCGCCGGCGCACCAAUCCGACGCCGUUGGGCUCAUGGCAACCCACUUUAUGGAUAUCUGGCGCCGGCGCACCAAUCCGACGCCGUUGGGCUCCUGGCAACCCACUUUAUGGAUAUCUGGCGCCGGCGCACCAAUCCGACGCCGUUGGGCUCAUGGCAACCAACUUUAUGGAUAUCUGGCGCCGGCGCACCAAUCCGACGCCGUUGGGCUCAUGGCGCAACCCACUUUAUGGAUAUCUGGCGCCGGCGCACCAAUCCGACGCCGUUGGGCUCCUGGCAACCCACUUUAUGGAUAUCUGGCGCCGGCGCACCAAUCCGACGCCGUUGGGCUCCUGGCAACCCACUUUAUGGAUAUCUGGCGCCGGCGCACCAAUCCGACGCCGUUGGGCUCCUGGCAACCCACUUUAUGGAUAUCUGGCGCCGGCGCACCAAUCCGACGCCGUUGGGCUCCUGGCAACCCAUUUUAUGGAUAUCUGGCGCCGGCGCACCAAUCCGACGCCGUUGGGCUCCUGGCAACCCACUUUAUGGAUAUCUGGCGCCGGCGCACCAAUCCGACGCCGUUGGGCUCCUGGCAACCCACUUUAUGGAUAUCUGGCGCCGGCGCACCAAUCCGACGCCGUUGGAACCAUCGCACCCCAUUUUAUGGAUAUCUGGCGCCCGGCGCACCAAUCCGACGCCGUUGGGCUCCUGGCAACCCACUUUAUGGAUAUCUGGCGCCGGCGCACCAAUCCGACGCCGUUGGGCUCCUGGCAACCCACUUUAUGGAUAUCUGGCGCCGGCGCACCAAUCCGACGCCGUUGGGCUCCUGGCAACCCACUUUAUGGAUAUCUGGCGCCGGCGCACCAAUCCGACGCCGUUGGGCUCCUGGCAACCCACUUUAUGGAUAUCUGGCGCCGGCGCACCAAUCCGACGCCGUUGGGCUCCUGGCAACCCACUUUAUGGAUAUCUGGCGCCGGCGCACCAAUCCGACGCCGGUGGAACCAUCGCACCCCAUUUUAUGGAUAUCUGGCCCCGGCGCACCAAUCCGACGCCGUUGGGCUCCUGGCAACCCACUUUAUGGAUAUCUGGCGCCGGCGCACCAAUCCGACGCCGUUGGGCUGCUGGCAACCCACUUUAUGGAUAUCUGGCGCCGGCGCACCAAUCCGACGCCGGUGGAACCAUCGCACCCCAUUUUAUGGAUAUCUGGCCCCGGCGCACCAAUCCGACGCCGUUGGGCUCGUGGCAACCCACUUUAUGGAUAUCUGGCGCCGGCGCACCAAUCCGACGCCGCUGGAACCAUCGCACCCCAUUUUAUGGAUAUCUGGCGCCGGCGCACCAAUCCGACGCCGUUGGGCUGCUGGCAACCCACUUUAUGGAUAUCUGGCGCCGGCGCACCAAUCCGACGCCGUUGGGCUCGUGGCAACCCACUUUAUGGAUAUCUGGCGCCGGCGCACCAAUCCGACGCCGUUGGGCUCGUGGCAACCCACUUUAUGGAUAUCUGGCGCCGGCGCACCAAUCCGACGCCGUUGGAACCAUGGCAACCCACUUUAUGGAUAUCUGGCGCCGGCGCACCAAUCCGACGCCGUUGGGCUCGUGGCAACCCACUUUAUGGAUAUCUGGCGCCGGCGCACCAAUCCGACGCCGUUGGGCUGCUGGCAACCCACUUUAUGGAUAUCUGGCGCCGGCGCACCAAUCCGACGCCGUUGGGCUCGUGGCAACCCACUUUAUGGAUAUCUGGCGCCGGCGCACCAAUCCGACGCCGUUGGGCUCCUGGCAACCCACUUUAUGGAUAUCUGGCCCCGGCGCACCAAUCCGACGCCGUUGGGCUCCUGGCAACCCACUUUAUGGAUAUCUGGCGCCGGCGCACCAAUCCGACGCCGUUGGGCUCGUGGCAACCCACUUUAUGGAUAUCUGGCGCCGGCGCACCAAUCCGACGCCGGUGGAACCAUCGCACCCCACUUUAUGGAUAUCUGGCGCCGGCGCACCAAUCCGACGCCGUUGGGCUCCUGGCAACCCACUUUAUGGAUAUCUGGCGCCGGCGCACCAAUCCGACGCCGUUGGGCUCCUGGCAACCCACUUUAUGGAUAUCUGGCGCCGGCGCACCAAUCCGACGCCGUUGGGCUCCAUGGCAACCCACUUUAUGGAUAUCUGGCGCCGGCGCACCAAUCCGACGCCGUUGGGCUCGUGGCAACCCACUUUAUGGAUAUCUGGCGCCGGCGCACCAAUCCGACGCCGUUGGGCUCGUGGCAACCCACUUUAUGGAUAUCUGGCGCCGGCGCACCAAUCCGACGCCGUUGGGCUCCAUGGCAACCCACUUUAUGGAUAUCUGGCGCCGGCGCACCAAUCCGACGCCGUUGGGCUGGUGGCAACCCACUUUAUGGAUAUCUGGCGCCGGCGCACCAAUCCGACGCCGUUGGGCUCCUGGCAACCCACUUUAUGGAUAUCUGGCGCCGGCGCACCAAUCCGACGCCGUUGGGCUCCAUGGCAACCCACUUUAUGGAUAUCUGGCGCCGGCGCACCAAUCCGACGCCGUUGGGCUCGUGGCAACCCACUUUAUGGAUAUCUGGCGCCGGCGCACCAAUCCGACGCCGUUGGGCUCGUGGCAACCCACUUUAUGGAUAUCUGGCGCCGGCGCACCAAUCCGACGCCGUUGGAACCAUCGCACCCCAUUUUAUGGAUAUCUGGCGCCGGCGCACCAAUCCGACGCCGUUGGGCUCCUGGCAACCCACUUUAUGGAUAUCUGGCGCCGGCGCACCAAUCCGACGCCGUUGGGCUCGUGGCAACCCACUUUAUGGAUAUCUGGCGCCGGCGCACCAAUCCGACGCCGUUGGGCUCCUGGCAACCCACUUUAUGGAUAUCUGGCGCCGGCGCACCAAUCCGACGCCGUUGGGCUCCUGGCAACCCACUUUAUGGAUAUCUGGCGCCGGCGCACCAAUCCGACGCCGUUGGGCUCGUGGCAACCCACUUUAUGGAUAUCUGGCGCCGGCGCACCAAUCCGACGCCGUUGGAACCAUGGCAACCCACUUUAUGGAUAUCUGGCCCCGGCGCACCAAUCCGACGCCGUUGGGCUCGUGGCAACCCACUUUAUGGAUAUCUGGCGCCGGCGCACCAAUCCGACGCCGUUGGGCUCGUGGCAACCCACUUUAUGGAUAUCUGGCGCCGGCGCACCAAUCCGACGCCGUUGGGCUCGUGGCAACCCACUUUAUGGAUAUCUGGCGCCGGCGCACCAAUCCGACGCCGUUGGGCUCGUGGCAACCCACUUUAUGGAUAUCUGGCGCCGGCGCACCAAUCCGACGCCGUUGGGCUCGUGGCAACCCACUUUAUGGAUAUCUGGCGCCGGCGCACCAAUCCGACGCCGUUGGGCUCAUGGCAACCCACUUUAUGGAUAUCUGGCGCCGGCGCACCAAUCCGACGCCGUUGGGCUCGUGGCAACCCACUUUAUGGAUAUCUGGCGCCGGCGCACCAAUCCGACGCCGUUGGGACCAUCGCAACCCACUUUAUGGAUAUCUGGCCCCGGCGCACCAAUCCGACGCCGUUGGGCUCGUGGCAACCCACUUUAUGGAUAUCUGGCGCCGGCGCACCAAUCCGACGCCGUUGGGCUCCUGGCAACCCACUUUAUGGAUAUCUGGCGCCGGCGCACCAAUCCGACGCCGUUGGGCUCGUGGCAACCCACUUUAUGGAUAUCUGGCGCCGGCGCACCAAUCCGACGCCGGUGGAACCAUCGCAACCCAUUUUAUGGAUAUCUGGCCCCGGCGCACCAAUCCGACGCCGUUGGGCUCGUGGCAACCCACUUUAUGGAUAUCUGGCGCCGGCGCACCAAUCCGACGCCGUUGGGCUCGUGGCAACCCACUUUAUGGAUAUCUGGCGCCGGCGCACCAAUCCGACGCCGUUGGGCUCGUGGCAACCCACUUUAUGGAUAUCUGGCGCCGGCGCACCAAUCCGACGCCGUUGGGCUCGUGGCAACCCACUUUAUGGAUAUCUGGCGCCGGCGCACCAAUCCGACGCCGUUGGGCUCGUGGCAACCCACUUUAUGGAUAUCUGGCGCCGGCGCACCAAUCCGACGCCGUUGGGCUCCUGGCAACCCAUUUUAUGGAUAUCUGGCCCCGGCGCACCAAUCCGACGCCGUUGGGCUCGUGGCAACCCACUUUAUGGAUAUCUGGCGCCGGCGCACCAAUCCGACGCCGUUGGGCUCGUCACCACUUUAUGGAUAUCUGGCCCCGGCGCACCAAUCCGACGCCGUUGGGCUCGUGGCAACCCACUUUAUGGAUAUCUGGCGCCGGCGCACCAAUCCGACGCCGUUGGGCUCGUGGCAACCCACUUUAUGGAUAUCUGGCGCCGGCGCACCAAUCCGACGCCGUUGGGCUCCUGGCAACCCACUUUAUGGAUAUCUGGCGCCGGCGCACCAAUCCGACGCCGUUGGGCUCGUGGCAACCCACUUUAUGGAUAUCUGGCGCCGGCGCACCAAUCCGACGCCGUUGGGCUCCUGGCAACCCACUUUAUGGAUAUCUGGCGCCGGCGCACCAAUCCGACGCCGUUGGGCUCGUGGCAACCCACUUUACGGAUAUCUGGUGCCGGCGCACCAAUCCGACGCCGUUGGGCUCGUGGCAACCCACUUUAUGGAUAUCUGGCGCCGGCGCACCAAUCCGACGCCGUUGGGCUCGUGGCAACCCACUUUAUGGAUAUCUGGCGCCGGCGCACCAAUCCGACGCCGUUGGGCUCGUGGCAACCCACUUUAUGGAUAUCUGGCGCCGGCGCACCAAUCCGACGCCGGUGGAACCAUGGCACCCCAUUUUAUGGAUAUCUGGCGCCGGCGCACCAAUCCGACGCCGUUGGGCUCGUGGCAACCCACUUUAUGGAUAUCUGGCGCCGGCGCACCAAUCCGACGCCGUUGGGCUCGUGGCAACCCAUUUUAUGGAUAUCUGGCGCCGGCGCACCAAUCCGACGCCGUUGGGCUCGUGGCAACCCACUUUAUGGAUAUCUGGCGCCGGCGCACCAAUCCGACGCCGUUGGGCUCAUCUGGCAACCCACUUUAUGGAUAUCUGGCGCCGGCGCACCAAUCCGACGCCGUUGGGCUCGUGGCAACCCACUUUAUGGAUAUCUGGCGCCGGCGCACCAAUCCGACGCCGUUGGGCUCGUGGCAACCCACUUUAUGGAUAUCUGGCGCCGGCGCACCAAUCCGACGCCGUUGGGCUCGUGGCAACCCACUUUAUGGAUAUCUGGCCCCGGCGCACCAAUCCGACGCCGUUGGGCUCGUGGCAACCCACUUUAUGGAUAUCUGGCGCCGGCGCACCAAUCCGACGCCGUUGGAACCAUGGCAACCCAUUUUAUGGAUAUCUGGCCCCGGCGCACCAAUCCGACGCCGUUGGGCUCGUGGCAACCCACUUUAUGGAUAUCUGGCGCCGGCGCACCAAUCCGACGCCGUUGGAACCAUCGCAACCCAUUUUAUGGAUAUCUGGUCCUGGCGCGGCAAUCCGACGCCGUUGGGCUCGUGGCAACCCACUUUAUGGAUAUCUGGCGCCGGCGCACCAAUACGACGCCGUUGGGCUCGUGGCAACCCACUUUAUGGAUAUCUGGCGCCGGCGCACCAAUCCGACGCCGUUGGGCUCGUGGCAACCCACUUUAUGGAUAUCUGGCGCCGGCGCACCAAUCCGACGCCGUUGGGCUCGUGGCAACCCACUUUAUGGAUAUCUGGCGCCGGCGCACCAAUCCGACGCCGUUGGGCUCGUGGCAACCCACUUUAUGGAUAUCUGGCGCCGGCGCACCAAUCCGACGCCGUUGGGCUCGUCGAACCCACUUUAUGGAUAUCUGGCGCCGGCGCACCAAUCCGACGCCGUUGGGCUCGUGGCAACCCACUUUAUGGAUAUCUGGCGCCGGCGCACCAAUCCGACGCCGUUGGGCUAACCGUGGCAACCCAUUUUAUGGAUAUCUGGCGCCGGCGCACCAAUCCGACGCCGUUGGGCUCGUGGCAACCCACUUUAUGGAUAUCUGGCGCCGGCGCACCAAUCCGACGCCGUUGGGCUCGUGGCAACCCACUUUAUGGAUAUCUGGCGCCGGCGCACCAAUCCGACGCCGUUGGGCUCGUGGCAACCCACUUUAUGGAUAUCUGGCGCCGGCGCACCAAUCCGACGCCGUUGGGCUCGUGGCAACCCACUUUAUGGAUAUCUGGCGCCGGCGCACCAAUCCGACGCCGUUGGGCUCGUGGCAACCCACUUUAUGGAUAUCUGGCGCCGGCGCACCAAUCCGACGCCGUUGGGCUCGUGGCAACCCACUUUAUGGAUAUCUGGCGCCGGCGCACCAAUCCGACGCCGUUGGAACCAUCGAACCCUAUUUUAUGGAUAUCUGGCCCCGGCGCACCAAUCCGACGCCGUUGGGCUCCUGGCAACCCACUUUAUGGAUAUCUGGCGCCGGCGCACCAAUCCGACGCCGUUGGGCUCGUGGCAACCCACUUUAUGGAUAUCUGGCGCCGGCGCACCAAUCCGACGCCGUUGGGCUCGUGGCAACCCACUUUAUGGAUAUCUGGCGCCGGCGCACCAAUCCGACGCCGUUGGGCUCCAUGGCAACCCACUUUAUGGAUAUCUGGCGCCGGCGCACCAAUCCGACGCCGUUGGGCUCCUGGCAACCCACUUUAUGGAUAUCUGGCGCCGGCGCACCAAUCCGACGCCGUUGGGCUCGUGGCAACCCACUUUAUGGAUAUCUGGCCCCGGCGCACCAAUCCGACGCCGUUGGGCUCGUGGCAACCCACUUUAUGGAUAUCUGGCGCCGGCGCACCAAUCCGACGCCGUUGGAACCAUCGCAACCCACUUUAUGGAUAUCUGGCCCCGGCGCACCAAUCCGACGCCGUUGGGCUCGUGGCAACCCACUUUAUGGAUAUCUGGCGCCGGCGCACCAAUCCGACGCCGUUGGGCUCGUGGCAACCAUCGCACCCCAUUUUAUGGAUAUCUGGCCCCGGCGCACCAAUCCGACGCCGUUGGGCUCGUGGCAACCCACUUUAUGGAUAUCUGGCGCCGGCGCACCAAUCCGACGCCGUUGGGCUCGUGGCAACCCACUUUAUGGAUAUCUGGCGCCGGCGCACCAAUCCGACGCCGUUGGGCUCCUGGCAACCCACUUUAUGGAUAUCUGGCGCCGGCGCACCAAUCCGACGCCGUUGGGCUCGUGGCAACCCACUUUAUGGAUAUCUGGCGCCGGCGCACCAAUCCGACGCCGUUGGGCUCGUGGCAACCCACUUUAUGGAUAUCUGGCGCCGGCGCACCAAUCCGACGCCGUUGGAACCAUGGCAACCCAUUUUAUGGAUAUCUGGCGCCGGCGCACCAAUCCGACGCCGUUGGGCCUCGUGGCAACCCACUUUAUGGAUAUCUGGCGCCGGCGCACCAAUCCGACGCCGUUGGGCUCCUGGCAACCCACUUUAUGGAUAUCUGGCGCCGGCGCACCAAUCCGACGCCGUUGGGCUCGUGGCAACCCACUUUAUGGAUAUCUGGCCCCGGCGCACCAAUCCGACGCCGUUGGGCUCGUGGCAACCCACUUUAUGGAUAUCUGGCGCCGGCGCACCAAUCCGACGCCGUUGGGCUCGUGGCAACCCACUUUAUGGAUAUCUGGCCCCGGCGCACCAAUCCGACGCCGUUGGGCUCGUGGCAACCCACUUUAUGGAUAUCUGGCGCCGGCGCACCAAUCCGACGCCGUUGGGCUCGUGGCAACCCACUUUAUGGAUAUCUGGCGCCGGCGCACCAAUCCGACGCCGUUGGGCUCCUGGCAACCCACUUUAUGGAUAUCUGGCGCCGGCGCACCAAUCCGACGCCGUUGGGCUCGUGGCAACCCACUUUAUGGAUAUCUGGCGCCGGCGCACCAAUCCGACGCCGUUGGGCUCGUGGCAACCCAUUUUAUGGAUAUCUGGCGCCGGCGCACCAAUCCGACGCCGUUGGGCUCGUGGCAACCCACUUUAUGGAUAUCUGGCGCCGGCGCACCAAUCCGACGCCGGUGGGACCGUGGCAACCCACUUUUUUAUGGAUAUCUGGCGCCGGCGCACCAAUCCGACGCCGUUGGGCUCCUGGCAACCCACUUUAUGGAUAUCUGGCGCCGGCGCACCAAUCCGACGCCGUUGGGCUCGUGGCAACCCACUUUAUGGAUAUCUGGCGCCGGCGCACCAAUCCGACGCCGUUGGGCUCGUGGCAACCCACUUUAUGGAUAUCUGGCGCCGGCGCACCAAUCCGACGCCGUUGGGCUCGUGGCAACCCACUUUAUGGAUAUCUGGCGCCGGCGCACCAAUCCGACGCCGUUGGGCUCGUGGCAACCCACUUUAUGGAUAUCUGGCGCCGGCGCACCAAUCCGACGCCGUUGGGCUCGUGGCAACCCACUUUAUGGAUAUCUGGCGCCGGCGCACCAAUCCGACGCCGUUGGGCUCGUGGCAACCCACUUUAUGGAUAUCUGGCGCCGGCGCACCAAUCCGACGCCGGUGGAACCAUCGCACCCCAUUUUAUGGAUAUCUGGCGCCGGCGCACCAAUCCGACGCCGUUGGGCUCGUGGCAACCCACUUUAUGGAUAUCUGGCGCCGGCGCACCAAUCCGACGCCGUUGGGCUCGUGGCAACCCACUUUAUGGAUAUCUGGCGCCGGCGCACCAAUCCGACGCCGUUGGGCUCGUGGCAACCCACUUUAUGGAUAUCUGGCGCCGGCGCACCAAUCCGACGCCGUUGGGCUCGUGGCAACCCACUUUAUGGAUAUCUGGCGCCGGCGCACCAAUCCGACGCCGUUGGGCUCCUGGCAACCCACUUUAUGGAUAUCUGGCGCCGGCGCACCAAUCCGACGCCGUUGGGCUCGUGGCAACCCACUUUAUGGAUAUCUGGCGCCGGCGCACCAAUCCGACGCCGUUGGGCUCAUGGGCACCCACUUUAUGGAUAUCUGGCCCCCGCCGCACCAAUCCGACGCCGUUGGGCUCGUGGCAACCCACUUUAUGGAUAUCUGGCGCCGGCGCACCAAUCCGACGCGGAACCCACUUUAUGGAUAUCUGGCGCCGGCGCACCAAUCCGACGCCGUUGGGGCUCGUGGCAACUCACUUUAUGGAUAUCUGGCCUCCGCUCACCAAUCCGACGCCGUUGGGCUCGUGGCAACCCACUUUAUGGAUAUCUGGCGCCGGCGCACCAAUACGACGCCGUUGGAACCAUCGCACCUCAUUUUAUGGAUAUCUGGCGCCGGCGCACCAAUCCGACGCCGAUGGGCUCGUGGCAACCCACUUUAUGGAUAUCUGGCGCCGGCGCACCAAUCCGACGCCGUUGGGCUCGUGGCAACCCACUUUAUGGAUAUCUGGCCCCGGCGCACCAAUCCGACGCCGUUGGGCUCGUGGCAACCCACUUUAUGGAUAUCUGGCGCCGGCGCACCAAUCCGACGCCGUUGGGCUCGUGGCAACCCACUUUAUGGAUAUCUGGCGCCGGCGCACCAAUCCGACGCCGAUGGGCUCGUGGCAACCCACUUUAUGGAUAUCUGGCGCCGGCGCACCAAUCCGACGCCGUUGGGCUCGUGGCAACCCACUUUAUGGAUAUCUGGCGCCGGCGCACCAAUCCGACGCCGUUGGGCUCGUGGCAACCCACUUUAUGGAUAUCUGGCCCCGGCGCACCAAUCCGACGCCGUUGGGCUCGUGGCAACCCACUUUAUGGAUAUCUGGCGCCGGCGCACCAAUCCGACGCCGUUGGGCUCGUGGCAACCCACUUUAUGGAUAUCUGGCCCCGGCGCACCAAUCCGACGCCGUUGGGCUCCUGGCAACCCACUUUAUGGAUAUCUGGCGCCGGCGCACCAAUCCGACGCCGUUGGGCUCGUGGCAACCCACUUUAUGGAUAUCUGGCGCCGGCGCACCAAUCCGACGCCGUUGGGCUCGUGGCAACCCACUUUAUGGAUAUCUGGCGCCGGCGCACCAAUCCGACGCCGUUGGGCUCGUGGCAACCCAUUUUAUGGAUAUCUGGCCCCGGCGCACCAAUCCGACGCCGAUGGGCUCGUGGCAACCCACUUUAUGGAUAUCUGGCGCCGGCGCACCAAUCCGACGCCGUUGGGCUCGUGGCAACCCACUUUAUGGAUAUCUGGCGCCGGCGCACCAAUCCGACGCCGUUGGGCUCGUGGCAACCCACUUUAUGGAUAUCUGGCCCCGGCGCACCAAUCCGACGCCGUUGGGCUCGUGGCAACCCACUUUAUGGAUAUCUGGCGCCGGCGCACCAAUCCGACGCCGUUGGGCUCGUGGCAACCCACUUUAUGGAUAUCUGGCCCCGGCGCACCAAUCCGACGCCGUUGGGCUCGUGGCAACCCACUUUAUGGAUAUCUGGCGCCGGCGCACCAAUCCGACGCCGGUGGAACCAUCGCACCCCAUUUUAUGGAUAUCUGGCCCCGGCGCACCAAUCCGACGCCGUUGGGCUCGUGGCAACCCACUUUAUGGAUAUCUGGCGCCGGCGCACCAAUCCGACGCCGUUGGGCUCGUGGCAACCCACUUUAUGGAUAUCUGGCCUCCGCGCACCAAUCCGACGCCGUUGGGCUCGUGGCAACCCACUUUAUGGAUAUCUGGCGCCGGCGCACCAAUCCGACGCCGUUGGGCUCGUGGCAACCCACUUUAUGGAUAUCUGGCGCCGGCGCACCAAUCCGACGCCGUUGGGCUCGUGGCAACCCACUUUAUGGAUAUCUGGCGCCGGCGCACCAAUCCGACGCCGUUGGGCUCGUGGCAACCCACUUUAUGGAUAUCUGGCGCCGGCGCACCAAUCCGACGCCGUUGGGCUCGUGGCAACCCACUUUAUGGAUAUCUGGCGCCGGCGCACCAAUCCGACGCCGUUGGGGCUCGUGGCAACUCACUUUAUGGAUAUCUGGCCUCCGCUCACCAAUCCGACGCCGUUGGGCUCGUGGCAACCCACUUUAUGGAUAUCUGGCGCCGGCGCACCAAUCCGACGCCGUUGGAACCAUCGCAACCCAUUUUAUGGAUAUCUGGCCCCGGCGCACCAAUCCGACGCCGUUGGGCUCGUGGCAACCCACUUUAUGGAUAUCUGGCCCCGGCGCACCAAUCCGACGCCGUUGGGCUCGUGGCAACCCACUUUAUGGAUAUCUGGCGCCGGCGCACCAAUCCGACGCCGGUGGAACCAUCCCACCCCAUUUUAUGGAUAUCUGGCGCCGGCGCACCAAUCCGACGCCGGUGGAACCAUCGCACCCCAUUUUAUGGAUAUCUGGCGCCGGCGCACCAAUCCGACGCCGGCGGAAUCAUCCCACCCCAUUUUAUGGAUAUCUGGCCCCGGCGCACCAAUCCGACGCCGUUGGGCUCGUGGCAACCCACUUUAUGGAUAUCUGGCGCCGGCGCACCAAUCCGACGCCGUUGGGGCUCGUGGCAACUCACUUUAUGGAUAUCUGGCCUCCGCUCACCAAUCCGACGCCGAUGGGCUCGUGGCAACCCACUUUAUGGAUAUCUGGCGCCGGCGCACCAAUCCGACGCCGUUGGGCUCCUGGCAACCCAUUUUAUGGAUAUCUGGUGCCGGCGCACCAAUCCGACGCCGUUGGGGCUCGUGGCAACUCACUUUAUGGAUAUCUGGCGCCGGCGCACCAAUCCGACGCCGUUGGGCUCGUGGCAACCCACUUUAUGGAUAUCUGGCGCCGGCGCACCAAUCCGACCCUGGUGUACCCUUCGAACCCUAUUUUAUGGAUAUCUGGCGCCGGCGCACCAAUCCGACGCCGUUGGGCUCGUGGCAACCCACUUUAUGGAUAUCUGGCGCCGGCGCACCAAUCCGACGCCGUUGGGCUCGUGGCAACCCACUUUAUGGAUAUCUGGCGCCGGCGCACCAAUCCGACGCCGUUGGGCUCCUGGCAACCCAUUUUAUGGAUAUCUGGCCCUGGCGCACCAAUCCGACGCCGUUGGGCUCGUGGCAACCCACUUUAUGGAUAUCUGGCGCCGGCGCACCAAUCCGACGCCGUUGGGCUCGUGGCAACCCAUUUUAUGGAUAUCUGGCCCCGGCGCACCAAUCCGACGCCGCAAUCCGACGCCGUUGGGCUCGUGGCAACCCACUUUAUGGAUAUCUGGCGCCGGCGCACCAAUCCGACGCCGUUGGGCUCGUGGCAACCCACUUUAUGGAUAUCUGGCGCCGGCGCACCAAUCCGACGCCGUUGGGCUCGUGGCAACCCACUUUAUGGAUAUCUGGCGCCGGCGCACCAAUCCGACGCCGGUGGGCUCGUGGCAACCCACUUUAUGGAUAUCUGGCCUCCGCUCACCAAUCCGACGCCGAUGGGCUCGUGGCAACCCACUUUAUGGAUAUCUGGUCCUGGCGCGGCAAUCCGACGCCGUUGGGCUCGUGGCAACCCACUUUAUGGAUAUCUGGCCUCCGCUCACCAAUCCGACCCUGGUGUACCCUUCGAACCCUAUUUUAUGGAUAUCUGGCCCCGGCGCACCAAUCCGACGCCGGUGGAACCAUCGCACCCCAUUUUAUGGAUAUCUGGCGCCGGCGCACCAAUCCGACGCCGUUGGGCUCGUGGCAACUCACUUUAUGGAUAUCUGGCCUCCGCUCACCAAUCCGACGCCGAUGGGCUCGUGGCAACCCACUUUAUGGAUAUCUGGCGCCGGCGCACCAAUCCGACGCCGGUGGAACCAUCGCACCCCAUUUUAUGGAUAUCUGGCGCCGGCGCACCAAUCCGACGCCGUUGGGCUCGUGGCAACCUCACUUUAUGGAUAUCUGGCCCCGGCGCACCAAUCCGACGCCGUUGGGCUCGUGGCAACCCACUUUAUGGAUAUCUGGCUCCGGAGCACCAAUCCGACGCCGGUGGAACAAUCGCACCCCAUUUUAUGGAUAUCUGGGGCAGCCGCACCUAUCCGACGCCGUUAUGCUCGUGGCAACCUCUCUUUAUGGAUAUCUGGCCCCCGCGCACCAAUCCGACGCCCUUAGAUUCUUCGCAGCCCAUAUUAUUGCUUUCUGGCUUAUAG